UUCACAAAAACUAAAACAAACAAUACGUGAUUCGCGUUAUUUCACUAAACUGAUUAUUUUGGAGAAUGUAUAGUAAAUUUCAGUGGCUCUAACGAGUUUUAAAGUACUGUAGUUCUGAUAAAAUACAGUACCCAUAAGCCUUUGCAACACUCACGGAAGUCCUUUUCUUUCUUUCCGCCGUCGCUGAAGUCCCUUUUGGAUUUACAUCGGCGGUCACCAUGGCAGCCCUCAGGCCCCUCACAAAGCCCAAGAUUGUCAAAAAGAGAACCAAGAAGUUCAUUCGUCAUCAAUCUGACCGAUAUGUCAAGAUUGCGAAAAACUGGCGUAAACCCAGAGGUAUUGACAACAGGGUCCGCAGGCGGUUCAAGGGUCAGAUGCUGAUGCCCAACAUCGGUUAUGGUAGCAACAAGAAGACCAAGUACAUGCUGCCCACUGGCUUCAAGAAGUUCCUCGUGCACAAUAUCAAGGAGCUUGAGGUCUUGAUGAUGAGCAACAAGACUCACUGUGCUGAGAUUGCCCACAACGUCUCAUCUAAGAACAGGAAGGUGAUCGUGGAGAGGGCAGCUCAGCUGGCCAUCAAGAUUACCAACCCCAACGCCAGGCUCAGAAGCGAGGAGAACGAAUAAACUGGUUAUUACCCAAUAAAUGUUUAAAAAUUGAAA